UGGCUGCUCCACCGUAUUUUCGCAGUCCCUGCACAUCUGAGACAUCUACCUACCGUCCCGCUGUGGCCGUGGGUUUGGAGCUAUCUGACGGCAAAACCGGAUAGCUAUCGAUGCCAACGUUUCUUGAUUCCGAUGAGGGACGAACGCGGAGAGGGGAUUAUGCUUCAUCACAUUCUGAGGAACCAGGGGAAGUUCACCAAGAACUCCGCCGGCAAAGACACGAUGCUCACGGAGCUCACCGGCACUGGCAAUGUCGUCCUCGCGACAGGCGAUGACUGGAAGCGGCAGGCCCCGAUCGUGAAGCAGGCAUUCUCCCUCCCGCUCCCGAUUCCUGCAUUCGUGUCACUCGCCAAAAGCGCUAUCGACAUAGUCAAGAGCACGACCACGGUUCCUCCAGUUCAAGGCAUGGCGUCUCAUGUUGUGCGAUGGUCUGACUUGGCGCAGCGCAUCGCGCUUGAUGGCCUCGGCAUUGGCCUAAUCGGGCACAACUUCGACGCUGUACGGACGCGCUCGAGUUUCGUAGAGGAUUAUAAGAAACUGAUGCCAGCGGUGUCGAGCCCAUUGUACGUGAUAUUUCCGCAACUCGAGCGGCUGCUCCCGCGCCCCGAGGUGCGAGCACGCAUGGACCGAUUCGUGGGCUCGCUGGUGCGCCUGCUGCAUGCGAAGAGGGACAACCCCGGGGAGGACGCCAUGACUUUCCUGUUGAAUAAUCGAGAGCUGUCGGAAGUCGAGUUGAGGGAUAACAUGGUCAUGUUAUUUAUAACAGGGCAUGAUACCACGUCAGGCGCCAUGGCUUCCUUCACUUAUUUCCUUGCGAAGCACCCAGAGAUCCAGCAGGUCUGCCGAGAUGAGGUCCUCCGCGUGUUAGGGCCGACCACCGACCCGACGCAGGCGACGUUGGGAUCCGACUCGCUGCCGUACCUCCACGCGUGCAUCCACGAAACACUGCGGAUGAACCCGCCUGCAUCGACAACCGCGCCGCGCACGGCAAAUGUGGACGUCAUGCUCGACAAGUACCUCAUCCCCGCAGGCACGCCGCUGGUGUGCAACGUCUACGCGAUGCAUCACAGCGCGUGUACAUGGGAUGAACCACAGAUAUUCCGCCCCGAGCGCUUCCUCACCGCUGACGGCGGCGCAGAGGACUUCAAUGCCCGGACCAUGGGACAUGCGUCCGCCACCGCUGAGAGCGGGGAGGACCACGCCAAGGCGCGGGAACACGCAGCAAUCGCCUUGAAGCUGAAGGAGCGCUGGAUGCCGUUCUCAGUAGGCCCGCGCAAGUGCCCCGCGCGCAACUUUGCAUUGUACGAGAUACGGACGAUCGCGGCAAUGUUCCUAAGGGAAUUCGAGUGGACGCUGCCAAAGGGUUCCAUACAUGAGGAUGAGAUCCAGAAUUCGUUCUUCGCGUUUUCAUUGUCGUUGCCUUAUGACUUGGACAUAACAUUUCGGCCAUUAAAGCAGGAGGGUGAG